AUGGCGACCAUGGCUCCUCCCCUCACAUUUCUUCUACUGCUGCUUCAACUGGCUGAUGGCUCAUUCCCAGAGGAGCCCAGUCCACUCAGCUACGUCCCUGUAGAGGUGGUGAGGAGGUAUCCGGUGUUCCUGGGCAGAGCUCAUCGUUCAGCUCAGAGACAGGAGCUGCACAUCCAGACGGUCCUGCAAGUCAACCGCACGCUCUACAUUGGAGCCAGAGAUGAUUUGUACAGAGUGGAGCUGGAUAACAUGGCAGGUGAUGAGAUGUUCUACAGCAAGAAACGGACAUGGGAAUCCAAUAAGAACGACAUUCGAGUGUGCCGGAUGAAGGGCAAACACGAGGGAGAGUGUCGUAAUUUCAUCAAGGUUCUGCUCAGCCAGCAUGGUGGCCUGUUUGUAUGUGGAACAAACGCCUUCAACCCACUGUGUGCCAACUACACUAGAGACACUCUAGAAAUGGUGGGAGAGCCUGUCAGUGGGAUGGCACGGUGCCCAUAUGAUCCACGACAUGCCAAUGUGGCUUUAUUUGCAGAUGGAAGUCUCUUUACCGGUACUGUGACAGACUUCCUAGCCAUCGAUGCAGUGAUCUAUCGAAGCCUCGGCGACAGCCCCGCCCUCCGCACAGUCAAACACGAUUCCAAAUGGUUUAGAGAGCCUUAUUUUGUGAGUGCCAUGGAGUGGGGGCCUCAUAUUUAUUUCUUCUUCAGAGAGAUGGCCAUGGAGUUUCAUCACCUAGAGAAGGUGAUGGUGUCCCGUGUGGCUCGUGUGUGUAAGGCUGAUCUCGGUGGCUCUCAGCGUGUCCUCGAAAAACAGUGGACCACGUUUCUAAAGGCACGGCUCAACUGCUCCGUCCCAGGAGACUCGCACUUCUACUUCAACCUCUUACACGCCACAAGUGGCAUUAUCCACAUGCAGGGACGAGAUGUCAUCCUCGGUCUCUUCUCGACGCCUCCCAACAGCAUCCCUGGGUCUGCGGUGUGUGUGUUUGAUAUGCAGCAGCUCGCUCAUGUCUUUGAGGGGCGAUUUAAAGAGCAGAAAUCCCCAGAGUCUAUCUGGACUCCUGUACCAGACGAGGCGGUGCCUAAACCGAGACCAGGGGGAUGUGCGGUGCAGGGAUCCAGAUUUAGCUCCUCUACCACGCUGCCAGACGAGGUGCUGAACUUUGUGAAGACCCACCCUCUGAUGGACGAGACCGUUCCACUGCUGGGGCAUAGACCCUGGGUGGUCAAGACUAUGGGACGGUACCAGCUGACAGCCAUGGUGGUAGACACAGAAGCUGGUCCCCAUAGGAACCGCACGGUCUUGUUCCUGGGCUCAACCAGAGGAACCAUCCUCAAAUUCCUAAUGGUUCCCAAUGGAGACUCUGUCUCCCACAGCAGUGUGUUUCUGGAGGAGGUGGAGGGAUUUAACCCGGAGAAGUGUGGUGAGGACUCCCCUCAGGCCCGUCAGCUCUUGUCUCUGUCGCUGGACCGGACCAGUCACACCCUGCUGCUGGCCUUCUCCUCCUGUCUGGUCCGAGUGCCCACAUCUCGCUGCCACCUGCACUCCCGCUGCAUGAAGAGCUGUCUAGCCUCCAGGGAUCCUUACUGUGGCUGGACCAGAGGCAGCACCUGCUCCUUCCUGAGACCAGGCACAAGGCUGCCUUUUCAACAAGACGUGGAAUAUGGAAACACCACCUCCCAUCUAGGAGACUGUGACGGAAUUCUGCAGCAAAGUUUACUGAUUGAACCAGAGAGCCUCGUUUCCCUCAACUUGCUUGUGGCGUCGGCAGUCUCUGCGUUCACCAUCGGGGCGGCGCUCUCUGGCCUGGCAGUGUGCUGGAUCAUGGCCCACAAGCCUGCCAAUCGUCGCCACGGCAACACCUCCCAGUCCUCAAUCCAGCGACGUGAAAGAGGCUUGCUUAGUAACGGCGGUGGGAUGGGAGGCUCUGUGCUGAGUGUAACACGGCAGGGAGGUGGGGAGCGCCCCUGCUCUCAAGGCGGGGAAACCCUCUUUGUCAUGCCCAAUGGCUGGGUGAAGUCAGGAGAGCUUGACCCCGGUUUCCUCCCCACCCCAGAGCACACGCCCCAGCAGAAACGCAGAGGCCUGCGACUGUCUGACUCCAACUCUGGAGGGUGGGACACCAGCCAGACGUACCUGGGGGGAGGCUCUGUGGGUCUAGGUUCACCCUGCCGCAUGCCCCCCUCCGUUUACCUGACCACCCGACUGUUCCAGCAGGGGGGAGGUGGGAGACACGGUGGUGAGGGCAGAGGGAAUGACACGCCGCGCCAGCACUAUGUCUGCCUGAGCAAACAAGAAAAAGGAGGGAAAGGGACGCCCAAAGCCCCGUUCAGGAAGUCUGCAGGAGAAUAUGUAUACCCCAUGACCCCCCAGGACUCGCCUGAGCGUCGGAGGGUGGUCUCAGCACCCAGCGCCCCCAUGGAGUAUGGUGAACCGCUGCCAUUGCGCUGGCCAGCCCCGGAAGGAUACAUCCUCAGCAGCCAUGGCAUGGUCCCCGUCCCCCUGCCUCCCCCCUCCAUGCCCGCUCCCAGUAGCCAGGCGUAUGUGUCCCAGCAACAUACCCCAGGGCUGAGCAGGGCUCUGCUGAGAGGGGCCCUGGAGCGAGGGGAGCUGGGCGAGCUGGUGGAUCUCAGCCAACUGAUGAGUAAGAAGAACUGCAGUGAUAGGACUCAGGCCGGCCAGUGACUGUUGAGGAAAUGAAGGGGACGGGAGCAUUUCCAUGUCCGGAGCUCUCUGUUUUAUUUACAUAGAUCUUUCUUUCCUCCUCAUUCUGUCUAUCCCUCUCUCCCUUCCCUCUAUCUUCCAUUCUUUGUCAUUCAGCCCCUCUGAUCUCCUCUGUCAGUCUCUCAGGCACCCCCACCCUACCAUUUCACCCCAUGAUGAGUCUCUUCUUAUGACUGGCUGCUGGGUCUGCCACUCAUAUCCUGGCUCACACUAAUUGGUCAGAUGGACUGAGGUUGUUGCUGUGUCUGCAUUGCAGAGUUGCCUCUCUCUCUCCUGCUACUCGGCAGCAGCAGGAGGAGUGAGGAGAGAGGAUGGAGAGGAAAGAUAGAAAGCAGAAUGGGGGGCAAGAGAGGAUGUGGUCAAAGAUGGACAUGGCACUUAGGAGCUGCCUUCUCUUUGCAGAUUAACUGAGGCUGCAGGGCCAGUCAAGUUCUGCUACAGGAGUGGGAUGCGUUUCCCCUCCUGGAUAACAUUAACAAGACUGCCACCCAUCUGUUAUCCACUAUAGUACCUGUUGGUCUGACUGCCAACCAGAUACUUGGAGUGAAAUUGUACAUUUUGAUCAUUGUAAAUGGAUGCCUUCCUGAAUACCUGAGGCUCUAGGCGACUCAUCAGACGAAAACUAAGGUCAUUUUGACUGUAAAUGCAAAUCUAACAGAUGAUGAGGCGAUACCAAUUCCCUCUGUCUGUUUCUUCUUCUCUCUUUUUCUCCUUGCUGCACACAUACAGCAGAUACAUACACGUAUUUGUACAGGUGAGUAUUUAGUAUUCCAGAGGGAAGACGUGUGUGCCAAAUGCCUCUAUCCUUUCUCAAAGGGAUGUGGGACAAUAACUCACGUCCUCGGAGAGCAGAGUGCAGGACCGAAAUGUCAGCACUAUUUCUGCCAACCGCAUGUUCUCUGUAAUGACGGCAUCUCAGCCGUCCAUCGCUCAAUUUGUUCUCCUCCCUGCACUCCAUGUACUCUUAAAGGACUAAUACUUCUACGAGGACGUCGGGAGCAGCAACACUAGACUGACAGAAAAGUAAGAGCAGGACAGACACACAGAAAGGAAGAAGGAGAGAGGUGUUUUCAGUAAAUGCACCGCAACGUAUGAACACCUUGUCCUUCACUGUCACCUUAAGGUUUUUCCACACAUAUACACACACUCAUUAAUGCUGCAUUGUAGAACACAGUCCGGUUUUAUUGGGCAAUAUUUCCCCUUAAGCCCACAGUGGGUCAAGGUCCCACAGACGUGAUACAGAAUAAAGUGACAGUUACAGUGGUGAUGAUGGAAACCUCUGGCUUAACGCCGAGCCAAUAGAGGUAAUGGAAAUGUCCCCAACAGGUAAAUGGGACUACAUAUUCAGCCCCUUGAAGUGUCCAGUUCCAGGGAGUGGUCGGCGUUUAGAUCAACACAACAUGGCUUGAGUGUGUUAGUGAGGAGAUGGAAGUCAUAAAAAAGAGACAAGAUGAAGAAGACAAAAGCAGAAACAAAAAGGCAAGUAGAUGAAAUAAUGAGGUGCAACAACAACAACAACAGCAACUAUAGACCAUAAUGAGAAUGUGGUUUGUUGUAGCUGUCACUCUCAGUCCCAGUCAGAGCGAACGCUGGUUUGUGCUGACCUUGUAGUGAGCAGCAAUAUAUGGUCUAUCUGUACAUAGUAAACUUUAAUUUAGUUAAAAUGAUAAUGUAAGACAAACAGUAACUCCAAAAAAAUGAUAUCAGACAUUAGCUUGCAAACAAAAAUAAACAUUUGCCAUGUCAUUAUAACGAUGUAAUGUAUGAAAAUCUGUUUUUCAUGUAAGUUUCAUAUCAACCUGCUCCGAGAUUGAAAUCGCAGACAAUGAUUAUUACCAGUGUCUGAUU